GUUAAGGCAAUGUUACCACAUCUCUAGACAGAGGCCCAGAGAUAAAGAUAAGAGCCGAAGGGAGGGAAGAACAAAAAAAUAACAGAGAAAAGUAAAAGAAUGGAAGGAAAAUUGUCGCGUUCAGCAAAGAAGAUUACAUCGUCUUCCAUUCAAGAACUCUCCCAGCUUGCUCAGAGAUGCAACGCCAUAAACCUCGCCGAGGGCUUCCCUGACUUCCCCGCCCCUACCCAUAUCAAAAACGCCGCCGUUUCUGCCAUCAACUCCGACUUCAACCAGUACAGGCACGUGCAAGGUGUGUGUGAUCACGUGGCUAGGAUGGUGAAGGAAAUGCACGGCUUAGACAUCGACCCUCUUACGGACGUCGCCAUUUGCUGCGGUCAAAGCGAGGCCUUUGCAGCUGCAAUCUUUGCAACAAUUGACCCGGGUGACGAAGUUAUUCUAUUUGACCCUUCGUAUGAAACAUAUGAAGCAUGUGUUACCAUGGCUGGGGGAGUCCCUAUUCACGUGCCACUUGACCCGCCUCAAUGGACCCUGGAUUCAAGCAAAUUACUGAGAUCAUUUACUGAGAGAACUAAAGCCAUUGUGCUGAACAGUCCCCACAAUCCUACUGGCAAAGUUUUCACAAAAGAGGAACUGGAGAUUGUUGCUGGAGAAUGCUGCAGUCGGAAUUGCCUGGCUAUAACAGAUGAAGUAUAUGAGCAUAUAACCUAUGACUACCUAAAACAUAUAUCCCUUGCCUCAUUUCCUGGAAUGCAAGAGCGGACUGUCAUAACAUCAUCUCUGUCUAAAUCAUUUAGUGUCACAGGUUGGAGGGUUGGAUGGGCAAUUGCUCCAGCUUUUCUUGCAUCUGCUAUCAGAAAUAUUCACGCAAGAGUUACAGAUUGUGCUCCAGCACCUUUUCAGGAAGCUGCGUUGAGCGCUUUGAGAAGUCCCCCUGAAUACUUUGAAUCACUCAGAAGAGAUUAUCAAUCAAAAAGAGACUAUAUAAUCAAGUUGCUAGCGGGAGUAGGCUUUAAGAUAGAGUUUAUACCUCAGGGUUCAUUCUUCUUGUUUGCUGAACUUCCUGACAAUUGCUCCCUUUUAGAUGUAGAAUUUGUCAAGAAACUAAUACUAGAAGCAGGGGUUGUGGCUGUUCCAGGACAAGGUUUUUUUCAUUCAAACCUUUCAUCAAGUGAAAUUUCUGAUUUAAGUUGCUACUACCAGAGGAGAUACAUCAGGUUUGCGUUCUGCAAGAGCGAUGCAACUUUGACUAUGGUUGCAGAAAGACUAAGUAAGCUUUUGGAUGCUGAAGGGCAUCUUGUACUACGUUAAAUUCGGAGAAAGAAUAAUGGGUGACAGGAACAAUUAUGAUCGAGGAUGGUCGAUUAAUAAAGCUUGCAUUACAUAUUCAUUUGACCUAAAACUGAAAUAAACUAAGCUUGUAUUUGAUGUAUUAUUGUCAAAAGUUGAAAUGUAUAACCAUGCAAUCCCCUCCUUCGAGAGAAAAUAUUCGGUAGUCAUGUA